AUGGACUCCCUCAGAAGAAACAUACUAAACGGCAGACUUUGCACCACUCGAGGGAUAAAAUUCCAACCAAAGAACUUCACCAAAUUUUACGCAAAAAAUUACUUCAGUACAGACAAUGAAGAGAGCAGUGAAACAAAAGGGAAACAGAUAAACGCCAAGGAAAAGAAACCAAAUGGAUUACAAAUUGACUGCGAAAUUAAGAGUCCCUUGAAGGAGUUUUUAAACACAGACACUGCAUCCAGAGUGUUUGUUCUGAAAUAUGCUUGGAAGUACAUUAAAGAUAAUAAUUUGCAAAAUCCAAACACGAAGAGAAAAAUCAUCCCCGAUGAAAAGUUGAAGAAUGUGCUCGAAAAGGAUGAAGUGGAUAUGCUGGAGGUGCCAAAGUUGUUGUUCCGCCACAUGUCAUCCAUAAGGAAGGAGUGA